AUGAGCAAGCGGCCCUUCGAGGAAUCCGCAUCAACGGCGCAUGGCUCCUCGGAUCCUGCCGGCGGCAACAUUUCAAUCACGGAGCUUCUGUCCAACUUGGAGGAGCCAGAGCCGCAGGGACAAGGGUCCAAAAAACCGAGGAAUUUCAUUGCUGCAGUGGCAUGCGAAAAUUGUCGGCUAAAAAAGACAAGAUGUGAUGAGUCCCGGCCCAAAUGCGGGUUAUGUAAAGCUCUGAAGCUGGACUGUGUAUACAGUGAACGAAAGCUCUCCAAAAAAGACCAAUCGAUUGGGAUGAUAAUCAGCACGUUGCAUCGAAUCGAAACGAAGCUAGAGCAUCUCCCAUCGACCAUCUCCAGAGACUUGCACCCAGUCACGAAUCAUGCAGCGGAAACCGUACGAGGUGCUACGACCGCCAGCGUGAGAACUCCAUCUCAAACUCUCUCUCAGACGACUACUCCAGCUGCUGCUAGCCAAAAUGGUUCGGAAGCUAGAGAAACCACUGAUAAAGGAGACAUUUCCAUCUCGUUCAGCCAGCAUGGGGUACCAGUCUGGCCAGGUGUGGCCAAGCUCCUGCCUGAUAGGUUCUGGAUUUCCUACGACCAGCUUGGAAGAAACUACGUUCUUGAUUUCGAAAUGAGCAGACCAUCUCUUCCCCCGUGGGUGCAACCAUUUCCUCCACAAAACGGGGAUAAUUGGCUUGAGGAGCUGCCCUUCGCCUUGGUAAAGGGAUUGUGUGAGGCUUUCUUCGCGCUUUUCCAUCCCUCCACUCCAUUUAUGGAUAAGCACUUCUUUUUCUCGUUUACGCUCGGAGCAGUCAUCGAGAAUGGGUUUGGGUUUACCAUUGAAACAUGCCUAGUUCUGAACGUCAUGGCUUUGGGUUGCCUAGCAGUGCGUGCGUACGAAGAAGCAGAUUUUCCGUUACCAGGUGCAUUUGGUGAUCACUUCGAAGUACCGACGUGGAUGGACGUGACCGGGGAAGAGCCGUCAGGACUGAGCUUUUUCAAUGAGGCUCGGAAACGAAUAGGCUUUUUGAUCGAGAAGAAUGAUCUACCCAGUUGUCAAUAUUAUCUCCUCUCUGCCAUGUAUUAUACUCAAAUAAUCCGUCCUCUGGACUCCGGUGCGAUGCUUAAUCGAGCUGCUGCUGCUCUCUGCUUCAUGCUGGCAAAUCGCGACAUUAACUAUAACGAAUGGGAAGGCGAUAUGAAAUCAAGGGUGUUUUGGAAUACUGUCAUGUACGAAACAAUCCUCGUGCAGGAGUUGGAUCUUCCCCCAAGUGGUCUUUCUAGUCUUGAAGACAAUGUUCCUAUACCAAAAUUCAUUCCUUUCAGUGCUGUCAGAUUACCUGGUAUCACGCCGUCACACGACCCGGAUGAUUCUUACUUUCACCAAUGCCAUUUCCUCGCCCAAAUAGCGAACCGAAUCAUUCUCACGAGGAUCAGGCACAGUCUAUUUCUAUUCUCCGAGAGUGGAAAUCUACCUCGUCCAGCCGUAAGUGCAGAACUGCACAACCAAGUCGAACAAUGGCGAACAAAUCUUCCUUCCGCCAUCCAAUUCUCUGAACUUCACAACUCAACUCUCGUCAACAACGACUCGCCUUCCAUCAACGAGCCACGAACCCCAGCCUCACUGGCCGUGGCCGUUGCCGACUCGAUGCUUCAAGCGCGAUACAAAAUCUGCAAAUUCCACAUCGGCCGUCCAUAUCUUUACAAGGCGCUGCGAGCACCGGGGUUGCUGACAGAAGAAGACUUGGAGCAAAUCCGAAGCGGGCUAAAGUAUGCCAUGGACUGGCCAAUGGUCCGUGGUGUGUUCCAGCGGAUGAAGAGUUGCAUCCCGAUCAAAUUCGCAUUCUGUUCCCAGUUCUUUGGCCAGUUGCUCAUCUUUUACUGUAUCUCGCACUCCGCAGAUCCCAGGCUACGUGCAACUCUUCCUGUCGGUUGGGAAGGAUGGUAUUCUGAGAUGGUCGACUUUUUGGAAUCUUGUGCACCGUACAGUCCAGCAAUCGCGCGGGAUUUGGAACUGGUACAAUUGUUAUAA